GUGCAUCACCGUCUGACGCGUGUCCGCUUUGCCCCUGCAGCCGCUGCUACUCCCCCCACGGCGCCUACGCCCAAAGCAAGCUGGCGCUCGUCCUGUUCACCUACCACCUGCAGAGACUGCUGGCCGCCCAGGGGAGCCCCGUGACCGCCAACGUGGCCGACCCGGGGGUGGUCGACACGGACCUGUACAGACACGUCUUCUGGGGCACGCGUCUCAUCCAGAAGAUGCUCGGCUGGUGGGCGUUCAAGACCCCAGAUGAGGGAGCCUGGACCUCCGUCUACGCAGCGGUCACCCCGGACCUGGAAGGAAUCGGCGGCCGCUACCUUUACAACGAGAAGGAGACCAAGUCUCUGAUGCUCACGUACGACCGAGAUCUCCAGAGACAACUGUGGGCCAUAAGUUGCCAGAUGACCAGCAUCACUGACGUGACCCAAGACACCCUCUUGGGGUAACGGCCACAUUGGGAAGACCUCGCCUCGGGCCCGGUAAACGCAGGUCUGUGACCGAUCCCCGUGUCUGCCUUUUCCACAGCGGCUGCCUUCAGGGCUCUGUCCCCAACGGUCUCCUGUCUGCUGUCCUUCCUUUGCGGGAAAUCGGGGAACAAAAGAAAUAUUGAGUGUAGCCUCCAAGUGGCCGUGAGCCAUAAAUUGUGUGCCAAGUUUCUCCCAAGUGCCAAGAACCAUUAAAUGCUGCCUAACCCAAGUGUUCCAUGUUUCUUGAGUAACACGGCAGGGAGUAGGUUUGAGGAGACACGUUUCAAGUGACACAGGCACUUUGACACGAGCAUGAAGCCUCGGGUCUCCAGAGGUUUCUGGGUCCCGUGACUCCUUUGUUCUCCCACACACCCACUAUUCUGGACACUCAGCUUGACUCCUGGGUCCCCAAGACAGAGAGACAUGAGCCUUCCUCAGUCUGUUGGGUCCAGGUUGAGGUGGAAACCCAUGGUCUACUCCACACUUUGACAAUGACCCUGCCCCGGUGCCACCUUCUGCCCGUAGGUCUGCUGACAUGAGCUCAAGCCCAUCAUCAUGUGGAUAUGACCAAUGCCAGUCAGGGAUUCCGUAGAACAGGUGGGCGGACAGGGUCCUGGACGGCACUCCCCAUAGAGAUCUGUAGGAUGGGGAGGAAGAGAGGGGUCUGGACAGCUCUUGCCAUGGGUUGUGUCCCCACGGGUUGUGUCCCUAACAGAAUGUCUGUUAACGUUUCCGUUGGCACCCUUCCUAGAGACAUCUGCAGGACCCGGUUUAUACUUAGUCCAGGAUACUAGACAAGUCUUAAAAAUAUGUAAUGCCCAGUCGUGGGUGGUGACCACAGUUCAUCAGAGCCCAGCUGAGCCGCACAUUUCCUUCUGGUUCCUUGCAUAUCCGUAGGCACAGGCAGCUUGUCCACCAGGGACAUGAGGGGUGGCACACGCAGUGGAAGUCAGGCAGACCUGGAAGGUCGUUGGGGUUGUGUCCAGUCGGUCUCUCUAGGAGGUGAAGUACGAUCCGGUUCAAAA